AUGGCCUCCCUCGCACGCACACUCUCCCUCCGCGCCUUCUGGGCCCUCACCCGGUCCACGCUCCCCGCGCCUCCCCCCCGCGCAACCCGCGCCUUCUCCGCGUCCGCCCGUGUCUACGUCACAAAGUUCACCAAGGACCACGAAUGGGUGACCCACGACCCCUCCGUCUCCAACAUCGCCACGAUCGGCAUCACAACCUACGCCGCCAACGCCCUCGGCGACGUCGUCUUCGUUGAGCUCCCCGACGCCGGCACCGACGUCAGCGCCGGCGACGCCUUCGGCGCCGUCGAGAGCGUCAAGAGCGCAUCCGACAUCAUGUCGCCCGUCAGCGGCGAGGUCGUGGAGGCCAACGUUGCGCUGAAGGAUAAGCCUGCUUUAAUCAACCGCAGCCCUGAGGACGAGGGGUGGAUUGUCAAGGUCAAGGUUGGCGAGGGGCGGGAGGCCGAGUUUGAUGAGCUGCUGGGGAGGGAGGAGUAUGAGGCUUUUGUGAAGGGGGAGGAGCAUUGA